GGCGGUUUCUCCUUCCUGUGCACUCGGCCUUUCCUCUUCUCCGGAGAUCUGGUUCUUCUACAAGCUGCGUACGGCUUUCAGGGUUAAUAUCAGCAGAACUGAAAGUGAAAAUAACUUGGGGCGGUUUCUCCUUCCUGUGCACUCGGCCUUUCCUCUUCUCCGGAGAUCUGGUUCUUCUACAAGCUGCGUACGGCUUUCAGGAGAUUUUGAUAUCGUCCCAGGUCCAGGAUGAGCAUUAUAACCCCCAGCGAUGAUGAUGAGACCCGGCAGUUCUACCAGCAGCUCCGUCAGCGUGAAGAUCACUUCCUGAGGAUGACGUAUGAAUAUUUCCAGGAUGAUCUGCUCCACAUUGUGGAGAACAUGAGUCUUCUACCACUUCUGAGUGAGCUACAGUCCCGAAAUCUCCCGGAUACUGAGAGAUACCACAGUCUAGAACAGGAUAGAAGAAGAUUGGCGCAGACUUUACUACAGGAUAUAUAUCACCUAGGAAGAGAAGCUGUGAUAGGACUAUGGGUCAGUCUGUAUGUAUUACGGAAGGAUCAUGGUUCCCCCGGCCUGGACGCUGUACUGGAGGAACUCCGUCAUAGAGGUGACACUCUGGUGGAGCAAAUCCUGCUGGAUGAACAUGGACACCAAAUGUCCCCACAACUCAAAGAUUUCCAGAUCCGUCACAAGAAACAUUUACAUGAAAGAACUGAGAAACUUCUAGAGAACAAACCUCCAAGAUGUGACCAGCGAGAGGAGAGUUUUCCAUUCCGUACACGUUAUGUCAACCUCAUCAUUGUCUCCACUGAUCACUUCAGAGAACGCUCUGAGAAUGAGCUCAUAGAGACCGGGGUAAAACAUGAGGAAUACUUAAAGAGAAAACACAAUGAAUUACUACGCAUUUCCCCCAACAAUCUGUUCCGCUGGUGCCACCGAUCCAAACAAGUGCCACGUAUGGUAAUGGUGAGUGGAGUGCCCGGUGUAGGGAAGACCACACUGAUGCAGAAGGUUGUCUAUGACUGGGUGAAGGGGGAUCUCUAUAAAAGAUUCUCCUUUGUCUUUUUCUUCAAAUUCCGAGAACUCAACAGACUGGAUAAAGUUAGUCUGGACAGUCUAAUCCUUCAUCAGUACCCAUAUCUGGAGGAGCAGCUUAGUAACAUCUUACAGGAACCAGAAAAACUUCUCUUUAUAUUUGAUGGUUUAGAUGAAAGUCUUCAUAACAUGGAUUUCUCAUCACGUCACUUGUGCUCUAAUCCUUAUCAGCCUGAACCUUGUGGUCAGAUUGUGGUUAGUUUGGUGAGAAAGUCUCUUCUUGAUGGUUGUUCUGUCCUAAUGACCAGUCGGCCAACCAGACUGGCAUCAAUUGAUUGUAGAGUUUUCCAGAGAAUAGUAGAAAUCACUGGGUUUUUACCGGAAGAACGACAGAUGUACUUUCGAAACUUCUUCUCCAACCCUGAGCUGGCGGAAAAGGCUUUUAAUUAUGUGAAGCAGAAUGACACCCUGUACACCUUCUGUUAUAUCCCGUCCUACUGCUGGAUCAUCUGUACUGUAUUAUCCAAGAGCUUCCAGCCAACAAGUAGUGAUCAGCCGGUGUCAUUAUUACCCAAAACCGUCACCCAGCUGUUUGCGAUAUUUGUCGCCAACAUCCUGUUCAAUCACAGCCUGGACAAAAGUGACGCUCAGAAGAUCCUGCAGUCCAUCGGAUGGAUGGCAGAACAUGGGGUCAUGAAUCACAGGCUUAUCUUUGAUGGACGAGAUCUGGACUGUUUCCAUGUGGACAAUACGUCAAAGCUAUUAUCAAGUUUUCUGAUGGAAUCGGAGGAACCUGUGUCCUAUUCCUUCUUACAUCUCACAGUUCAGGAAUUCUUCUCUGCCUUGGUGCAUUAUGUGGAUUAUUCUCCCGAGAAGUUACAGAAAUCACUAAAAGAUGCCUAUCCUGAUGGACGAGGUGAGAUGUUCCUCCGUUUCCUGUGUGGUCUAUCAGACGGCUCCACCAGGUCAAUGCUAACUGGAUACCUGGAUAGACAAGCAAAUCAGACAUCUAUAGAUGUCAUCACUUGGCUAAAGAACGUCAUUCUAGAAGAAAAGAGGUUGCGGGAAAAUAAAACCAGCAAGCGUCGUCUUCUAAGUACAUUUUUCUAUCUGUAUGAAUCCCGGAAUAAGGCUCUGGUGCUGGAAUCACUACAAUCACACAGAAGUCUUGCCUUUUCUGAUGUUCGUAUGUCGGCUCUAGACUGCACAGUGUUAGCGUUUAUUCUGGACACCUGCACAAAUAUAGAAGAACUCAAUCUACAGGGAUGUUCCUUAGAUAUUGAAGGAUUAGAAAGACUUGCUCCAGGAUUACAGAACCUGCAGAAUCUGAGAUUGGGUGGUAAUGAUCUACGAGACACUUCCUGCAUCCAGUUGGCAUCUGUAAUAAGGAAUAACCAGUCCCUGAAGAUACUGGACCUGUCUGGUAACCGUCUGUCUGGUCCUCACUUCAGUGACUUGAUGGAGGCUCUGUCCAGUCCGGCCUGCAGGAUAGAGGAAUUACUAUUGGUCGGUAAUGAUCUACCAGACACUUCCUGCAUCCAGUUGGCAUCUGUAAUAAGGAAUAACCAGUCCCUGAAGAUACUGGACCUGUCUGUUAACCGUCUGUCUGGUCCUCACUUCAGUGACUUGAUGGCGGCUCUGUCCAGUCCGGCCUGCAGGAUAGAGACAUUACUAUUGGGUGGUAAUCAUCUACCAGACACUUCCUGCAUCCAGUUGGCAUCUGUAAUAAGGAAUAACCAGUCCCUGAAGAUACUGGACCUGUCUGGUAUCGAUCUGUCUGGUCCUCACUUCAGUGACUUGAUGGCGGCUCUGUCCAGUCCGGCCUGCAGGAUAGAGACAUUACGGUUGGGUAAGAAUCGUCUACCAGACACUUCUUGCAUCCAGUUGGCAUCUGGAAUAAGGAAUAACCAGUCCCUGAAGAUACUGGGCCUGUCUGGUAACCGUCUGUCUGGUCCUCACUUCAGUGACUUGAUGGAGGCUCUGUCCAGUCCGGCCUGCAGGAUAGAGACAUUACGAUUGGGUCAUAAUGAUCUACCAGACACUUCCUGCAUCCAGUUGGCAUCUGUAAUAAGGAAUAACCCGUCCCUGAAGAUACUGGACCUGUCUAAUAACCGUCUGUCUGGUCCUGACUUCAGUGACUUGAUGGCGGCUCUGUCCAGUCCGGCCGGCAGGAUAGAGACAUUACGAUUGGGCUUUAUUGAUCUACCAGACACUUCCUGCAUCCAGUUGGCAUCUGUAAUAAGGAAUAACCCGUCCCUGAAGAUACUGGACCUGAUUGGUAACAGUCUGUCUGGUCCUCACUUCAGUGACUUGAUGGAGGCUCUGUCCAGUCCGGCCUGCAGGAUAGAGACAUUACGAUUGGGCAGUAAUUAUCUACCAGACACUUCCUGCAUCCAGUUGGCAUCUGUAAUAAGGAAUAACCAGUCCCUGAAGACACUGGACCUGACUAAUAACCGUCUGUCUGGUCCUGACUUCAGUGACUUGAUGGAGGCUCUGUCCAGUCCGGCCUGCAGGAUAGAGACAUUACUAUUGGGCGGUAAUGGUCUACCAGACACUUCCUGCAUCCAGUUGGCAUCUGGAAUAAGGAAUAACCCGUCCCUGAAGAUACUGGACCUGUCUCGUAACGAUCUGUCUGGUCCUCACUUCAGUGACUUGAUGGAGGCUCUGUCCAGUCCGGCCUGCAGGAUAGAGACAUUACUAUUGGCUGUUAAUUAUCUACCAGACACUUCCUGCAUCCAGUUGGCAUCUGUAAUAAGGAAUAACCCGUCCCUGAAGAUACUGGACCUGUCUCGUAACGAUCUGUCUGGUCCUCACUUCAGUGACUUGAUGGCGGCUCUGUCCAGUCCGGCCUGCAGGAUAGAGACAUUACGAUUGGGUUAUAAUGGUCUACCAUACACUUCCUGCAUCCAGUUGGCAUCUGUAAUAAGGAAUAACCCGUCCCUGAAGAUACUGGACCUGUCUCAUAACCGUCUGUCUGGUCCUCACUUCAGUGACUUGAUGGCGGCUCUGUCCAGUCCGGCCUGCAGGAUAGAGGAAUUACUUCUGAUGAGCAAUCGAUUAUCUAAAGAGGAAGAGGAAGCCAUAAGAAAACUGGAACAGCAGAAACCAAAUAUGAAGAUCUCUUACUGAACUGAGAAGAAGCCGAUUCCUCUCUGUGAUGAGCAGAUAACAGGACUUUGGUGGAGAAGACUUCUUCAGAAGUCUGGUAUUAGGAGCGUCUCCUGGUGCUUUAUGGGUAAUAUCACUGAUAUACAGAAGAUAAGGAAAUGUCUAAUAUUAUAAUAAACAUGAUACCAGAAA